AUGUCGACUUACCGAAAAGAGAUUCUCCCCACCGCCGGUUCUGUCGGCCCGAUUCGCUCCAAGAUCGACCGAGCAACCAGCAAACCCUUGAUGGAAAAGCGAAGACGAGAAAGAAUCAACAAGUCGCUCAACGAACUCAAGUCCAUUCUCUUAGAAGCCUACCGACGAGAUUCCGCCUCCUGCUCGAAGCUCGAAAAAGCCGACAUCCUCGAAAUGUCCGUCCGAUACAUUCAUUCCCUGAAGACCCCAAGCGGCUAUCCUUUCCCUGGAGCCGUCCUUCCAGCCCAUGCUCAGCCAAAGCCACAGCCGCAAGCAGCAAGUGAAUUGAGCCGGGUCCUAGCAACUUGCCCAGAAAUCAGCGAAGAAUCAAAGCGAAAAAUCCUCGGUUCCAUCUCCCCGAAUUCCAGCGCCCCUCGAGUCCCCCUACCAGCCCCUCAGAAGCCUGCUCCACAAAACCCGCUCAAUUUGCCAACCCAGCAGCAAAUCGCCUUCCAACAGCAGCUUCUGGCCGCUCAGCUCGCCCAGUACGCCGCUGCUCAAAGCCUCGCCGUUUCUCAAAAAGCACCAAGCAUCCCUCGAUCCGACUCGUUGAGUUCCGGCGUCAGCUCUGAUGAAGAUUCAAACUCCGAUGUGAACUCGCUCUCUUCAUUUCCUUCUUCCCUUCCCGAAAACAAAGCUCCCGAGGCGGCCAUUCCACAAGCCAGUACAAGUCCGAUCUUCCGUCCCUGGUAA